CUCGAAUGUGACUCUCGGAUUCACUGUGUCGUCUACCCUUAACGGGUGCAGUUCGUUCUGGUCUCGAUUCGAUUCGUGUGACUCGUGCGCGUGCCACAGUUCUGGCUGGCCAUCGAUUUUGUGCAGAAAAGAAGAAAGAAAAGGCAGAAAGUUUUCCUCUUUCCCAGUGAAAAAACCCCUAAACAAAGCUCAAGUUGCAGCCAAGUAAAGAAAGUCCACCAUGAAAUAACAAGAAAUAUCCAAAAAUAGUCCAAGAAUCAGAGUAAAACAUUUCCCCCAAGCGGAGUGCAAAAUUUUCUCUGUUAUACAGAAAGCCAGACCCCGUCCUCACAAAUACAAAUACACAUAGACCUCCUUCCUAUACAUACUUAGUAUAUGUAUGUGGAUACAAAUGUAUAUAUAUGUACAUUUAGGAUAUAAAAAGUAAAGAAAGGAUUUGAAUAAAGCUACGCGAAUGUGCGCUUUUGGUUACUUAUUGUUUUUUGCCCUAUUGCUAACCACAAUUCUGGUGCUAUCCAUCAUAUUUGCCACGACCUCAAAGCGAUCCAUGCUGGACAGCUUUGUUCUCGUGUUCAAUUACACACAAGAACAACAGCCAGAACAACAGCAACAACAGCCACAACAGCACCAAGAGGACUAUCUGGAACAGCCACAAAUGUUCCUGAAACAGAAAUCCUUUUGAGUUUGAGUUUAAAUAAAUAAAUCUGAGGGCUUAAAUCUUGCUUAAAAAGAAAAGGAAAACGAAAAAUCAAUUGGACACGACUGUGCGCAAGUAAAGUAAUUUCAUUGUACGACGAGCAAAAACAACAAAUAAAACAAUUGCAGUGCGGUAUUCAAUUUGUGUGAAAACAUAAGAACGUUCCAUUGAUAAACAUUAACGAGAAAAACAA